CCCAGUAAUUCACCACAAAUUACUAAUCAAUGUUCAAUUUGCAAAAACCAAGAUCAAUAAAUUCACACACAUAUAAAUAAAAAACGAACACAAGAUCAAUUCAUUUCUAAUCAAACACCAGAAAAAAAAUUCGAAGAAAAUAGAAGAAGCAUUCUAAUGGAGAACGGGAAUUCUUCAGCAGUUGCUCGAGGGAGAUUGGCGGUGCUUUCAGCUCACCUGGCAGCUUCACUCAACGUCUCCGAUUUAACAACCUUCAAACUUCUAGAAACUUCCGGUGUAUCCGCCGUUUCCGGAGUUGCACCUCCGCCGAAUCUAAAAGGUGCGUUGACGAUCAUCGAUGAGCGGACCGGUAAGAAGUAUCCGGUUCAGGUUUCAGAGGAUGGCACUAUCAAAGCCACCGACUUAAAGAAGAUAACAACAGGACAGAAUGAUAAGGGUCUUAAGCUUUAUGAUCCAGGCUAUCUCAACACGGCACCUGUUAGGUCAUCAAUAUGUUAUAUUGAUGGUGAUGCCGGGAUCCUUAGAUAUCGAGGCUACCCUAUUGAAGAGCUGGCCGAGGGAAGUUCCUUCUUGGAAGUGGCAUAUCUUUUGUUGUAUGGUAAUUUACCAUCUGAGAACCAGUUAGCAGACUGGGAGUUCACAGUUUCACAGCAUUCAGCGGUUCCACAAGGACUCUUGGAUAUCAUACAGUCAAUGCCCCAUGAUGCUCAUCCAAUGGGGGUUCUUGUCAGUGCAAUGGGUGCUCUUUCCGUUUUUCAUCCUGAUGCAAAUCCAGCUCUGAGAGGACAGGAUAUAUACAAGUCUAAACAAGUGAGAGAUAAACAAAUAGUUCGGAUCCUUGGCAAGGCACCUACAAUUGCUACGGCUGCUUACUUAAGAAUGGCUGGCAGGCCACCUGUCCUUCCAUCCAACAAUCUAUCUUAUGCGGAGAACUUCUUGUACAUGCUAGAUUCAUUAGGUAAUAGGUCUUACAAACCCAAUCCUCGACUUGCUCGUGUGCUCGAUAUUCUCUUCAUAUUACAUGCAGAACAUGAGAUGAAUUGCUCUACAGCUGCGGCACGUCAUCUUGCUUCAAGUGGGGUUGAUGUAUACACAGCAUUAGCAGGAGCAGUGGGAGCUUUGUAUGGCCCUCUCCAUGGGGGUGCCAAUGAGGCUGUGCUGAAGAUGCUCAGUGAGAUUGGAAGUGUUGAAAAUAUUCCAGAGUUCCUUGAGGGUGUCAAGAAUAGGAAACGGAAGAUGUCUGGUUUUGGGCACCGUGUCUACAAAAAUUAUGAUCCCAGAGCAAAAGUCAUCAAGACGCUGGCUGAUGAAGUAUUUUCUAUUGUGGGUCGCGAUCCUUUAAUUGAGGUUGCUGUUGCUCUGGAAAAAGCUGCACUCUCAGAUGAGUACUUUGUAAAACGGAAGCUGUAUCCAAAUGUUGAUUUCUACUCUGGUUUAAUUUACAGGGCAAUGGGAUUUCCUACAGAAUUCUUUCCUGUCUUGUUUGCAAUUCCUCGGAUGGCCGGUUACUUGUCUCAUUGGAAAGAGUCCCUUGAUGAUCCUGAUACCAAGAUUAUGAGACCCGCACAGGUGUAUACUGGUGUAUGGAUGCGUCACUAUAUGCCUCUCAAAGAACGAUCACCACAUUCCGAAGCAGACAAGCUCGGUCAUGUGUCCGUCUCCAAUGCCACCAAACGACGAUUGGCUGGUUCAGGGGCCUAAGGCUUCCUUAAAGGUUCACUUAUAUUUAAUAUAAGAAAAAUAAAUGAUAUUUUUUUCUUCCCCAUGAGGAGUAAACUUGUCUUGAACAUGGUUAGAUUCUCACACACACAAAGCAGAUGUAUUCGGAUGAAUUUUUGUGUCUCCGUUUCCCAAAAUAAUAAGCUUUUAGUCUUCACAAGUAA